AUCAUUCCCUCGCCUCCUGUCCCCAAUCCUCCAUACAAAUAUAGACUUGUCUACUUUCGUCCUCUCUGCAAUUCCAUUACUUAACUUCUAUCUCUUUUGCCCCUCUUAUACUAGCACUACUAGCACUACGCUCAGUCAAGAUGCCUGCCAAGAUGUCGGACAACUACCCUUCUGAUGGCGAGAUCAUGGACUCCAGAGACUCUGGCUAUGUCAGUGGCAGUUCGAGUGAUGAUUACUCCCCCGAGAUUGUCUUCACCAAGCCACACUUGAAGUUCCUAAACAGACAACUGCAGUUCCUCGAGCCUCAAGAUGUCCUGAGAUGGUGUGUCACUUCGCUGCCUCAUCUCUAUCAGACCACUGCCUUUGGUUUGACGGGUCUGGUCACUCUCGAUAUGUUGUCCAAGCUGGCCGUGCCCCGCCCGCAGAUGGUCGAUCUCAUCUUUCUCGAUACCCUCCACCACUUUCCCGAGACCUUGGCUCUGGUCGACCGCGUGCGUGAGAAGUAUCCUCUGAACACCAUUCAUGUCUACAAGCCCCAGGGCUGUGAGACAGAGCAGGAUUUUGCCAAAAAGCAUGGUCCCCGUCUUUGGGAGAGAGAUGACCAGUUCUACGAUUGGGCUGCCAAGGUUGAGCCCGCCCAGCGUGCCUACCGUGAACUUAAUGUCCACGCCGUCCUCACUGGUCGCCGCCGUAGCCAGGGUGGCAAGCGUGGUGACAUCGACAUCAUCGAGGUUGACGAGGCUGGUUUGAUCAAAAUCAACCCUCUUGCCAACUGGACCUUCGAACAGGUUAAACAGUACGUUAAGGAGCACAACGUUCCCUACAAUGAGCUCCUUGACCGUGGCUAUAAGAGCAUUGGCGACUAUCACUCCACCCAACCUGUGAAGGAGAAUGAGGAUGAGCGUUCCGGUCGUUGGAAGGGCCAGGCCAAGACCGAGUGCGGCAUCCACAACCCCCGAUCCAAGUAUGCACAGUACCUCAUGGAGAUGGAGCGUAAGCGCCAGGAGGAAGCCAUCUCGCAAGCCUUGCAGAGUUCCCUCACCACCUCUGCCCAGUGAUUGCGCUCUGAGGUCUGAGUUGCUUGAUUUGCAUAUACCACGGCGUUCACAGUUCACCGGAGUUCACGUUUAGCGGAGUUCAUACAGCCUUGAUAUCACUCUUCUGCUUUCUACAUACGACUACUUGGGCCUGGAAAAUGGGACAUGAUGUGUCAU